AUGAAAUAAUCAUAAGUGAAUGAUAAAGAUAAUUUGUGUAUGCUAUAGUCAUAAGAUGUUUAUGGAAAAGAAGAUUAUAGAAUGACUAGAUAAACAGGUUGUACAGAAUAUUCUAAAUCUUAAUCAUUAUGUUUUGAUUAAGUCGUAUUAGGUUCAAGUUAACUUUUAAAUAAUCCUGAUUAAUAAAUGGAUAAAUAUUAAAACAUUUGGAUGUAAAUAUUUACUUUUAUUCUAUAGGAAAAAAAUUAUAUUAAUUCAAUCUCACUACAAAGGAUAUUUAGAAAGGAAAAAAUAUAAAAAUAUGAAAAAAUGGGCAAAAUAUAGAAGAAAUGUUAUUCUCGAGUUAAUAAUGACAGAAAAAGAUUAUUUAAACGAUCUAAAGUCUAUUAUAAAUAAUGUUAUGAUAGCAGCAGAAUAAUUUAAGUUAUUACCAGAAAAUGAGAUAUAAAUAACCUUUAGUAAUCUAUAUUAAAUUUACACAUUCAAUAAUAUGUUUUAUGGAGAUAUUUUAAGUAAGAAUAUAUUUCAUUUAUUUUAGAAUAAUUUUGUAAUUAUCAUCAUAAUUCAUGUUUUGGGCAUGUUUUACAAAAAUUUAUUCCAUUUUUUAAAAUUUACUUCAAAUAUUAUUCUGAUUAUAAAGAUUAUCAAAUUCAAAAUUUAAGAUAAACUUAUCCAGCAUUUAAUGAUCAUUUAAUAAUAUUAGAAAAAAACAAUUUAUUUAGAGGAUGUGAUCUCAAUUCAUUUUUAAUAAAACCUGUUUAAAGAUUACCAAAAUAUGCAUUAUUAUUAAAAGAUUUAGUUAAACAUACUUGGAAGAGUCAUCCUGAUUAUAAUAAUCUAGUUAAAACUCUUUAGUCAUUUAAUUCAGUUACAGGGUAAAUAGAUAAAUAAAUUGAAAAGUAAAAUAUUUAUUUAUUUUAAGUAUUCUAAGAAAUCAAGCUCUUUUCGAUUUACAAAAAAAGUUUUUUGAUGUUUUGAAUGAAAAUAUUGUUGAAUCAACUAGAAACUUUAUCUUAAAUGAAUCAACUUACCUAUUAAGAUAAGGUCAAGAAGAAUUAGUAGAAUUAUAUUUGUGUAGUGAUUUGAUUGUUUUAUCCAAAAAAACAUAGGUAGAUUAAGAACAAAUAAAUGAAAGACUACUAGAAUAUUGUUAUCUGAAUGAAAAUACAAUAUUAUCAGAUGCUGAAACUAAAUCUUUAAUAAUAACAUUGGAUCUUAAAGAUAAAGAUCAGAAUUUAAUAUUUUUAUGUUAAGAUUUAGAAUAAAAAUAAAGAUUAUCGUUAGAGUUUUAUAAAAUUCUCUCAAUGAAAUAUGAAAAAUUUUAAUCUCAAAAUUUUUCGAUCUAAAAAGAAUUAAAGAAUCAACCUAUAAGAGUUUUUGUAACUUCAAUUUCUAGAGGAUAAUCUAGAAUGCCAUUCAAAACUUAUGCAAAAUAUCAUGUCUAAGUAAUUAGAUUUCUAAAAUUUAGGUUAUUUUAAAUAAGUAAGAGUAUACAAUUUGGACUAGACAUAAAAUUUUAUUGAAGAUAUAAAAGAGUCUAAAGAAACAUUAUAAAAAAGAAUAUUUAAACGAUAAAGAUAAUAAUAUCUUAUUUUAAGAUUUGAUAGAGAAAAAGUUAAAUAAGUAAAAUCAUGAUGGAAGAAAAGUUAUAGUUGAAACAUUUUUAGAGACUCUCUUAAACUCUACAUAUGUAAAAUUGGCACCUGAUAAUUAUCUUUAAUAUCUUGGGCUUCCAUAAGGAUUUUAUUAAAGUGAUCAGAAUAUUAGUAAAUUGAAAACUUUAAUAGAUUCUGAAUCAUCAAAAUCCAGUUAGGAUUCUUGA